AUGGAGAAAGGUGAAGUUGUUCAUGACGAACAUGUCGACACGCCGGAGUGGCGAGCACGCGAGAGAAAGCUGGUCCGCAAACUUGACAUGACUCUGCUGCCUGUAGUAUGGAUCCUAUACUUGUUCAACUACUUGGAUAGGAACAACAUCGCGCAAGCCAAGCUGAAUACCUUUGAGAAAGACCUUAAGCUACGCGAUGACAAUUUCAAUACCGCUGUCUCUAUCCUCAACGUUGGAUACAUGCUAGCCCAACUACCAUCCAACAUGCUCAUUACUCGAAUUAGACCCAGUAUCUACCUGCCUGCUUGCGUCGCCGUGUGGUCAUGUGUAUCUGCUUCCACAGCAGCUGCACAGAACUAUGGAAAUCUGAUUGUGAUUCGGUUCUUCCUUGGAAUUGUGGAGGCUCCUUUCUUCCCAGGAGCAUUUUACCUUCUGUCAUGCUGGUACACCCGAAAAGAGCUAGCCUUACGUACCGCCGUUUUAUACUCUGGCCUUGUCCUCGCAACCGCGUUUUCAGGCUUGAUUGCAGCUGGUGUGUUCUCAGGCCUGGAUGGGGCCGAAGGCAUACCGGGCUGGCGAUGGCUCUUUAUCAUCGACGGCGCAGGCAGUUUCUUUGCUGCAAUGGUUUCCUUUUUCCUGCUUCCAGACUACAUCGAAUCCAAAACUGGAAGUGGCAAGUGGCUCUUUACAGAAGAUGAACGCGAAUUGGCCGCAAAGAGAAUGGCUUUGGAUCGCGUAUCAUUGCCAGAUGCUAGUCACUCUGUCUGGUACGGCGUGCGGUUGGCUCUGAAAGACACCCGCACUUGGAUAUUCGUGCUGCUUCUUUGCUCGAACCACACUGCCUACGGAUUCAACUACUUCUUUCCCACCAUUGUGAAUGGCUUCCAUAUAGGUUCACAGACAAUCACCCUCACCCUCACAGCACCUCCAUAUCUCUUUGGUGCAGCAGUCUCUUUUAUUGUUGCGUACUCGAGCGAUCGCAACAACGAACGAGGCUAUCAUAUAUGCGUUCCCAUGGCCGUCGCAUCCGUAGGUUUCAUCAUCUCGGCUGCUACUCUAAACAUAGGUGCCCGCUACUUUGCGUCUUUCCUCUACUGUUCGGGCGCUUUCGCAGCUAAUGCCAUGGUCUACUCAUGGGCCGCAAGUACACUGAACCAGACGCCCGAAAAGCGCGCGGCUGGAACAGCAAUCGUCAACUUACUUGCCCAGCUCGGUAAUAUUUGGAGCCCAUAUUUCUUUCGUCCUGGCGAUUCGCCCCGAUAUGCGCUUGCCAUGAUACUUAUGAUGGUGUUUUCUUUUAUUAGUAUUACGUGUUCUUUGUUACUAAAGUUCUUACUCCGGAGAGAGAACAAAAAGAUAUUGGCAGAAGCAGAGAUAUCUGGACAGAGUGUUACGCUGUUUACUUUGUAA